UCCCUCACGGCGUCCAGGAUGCUGCGUGCCGCCGCCCCGCCACAGGCGCUGCUGCUCAGCGCGCUGCUGUGCCACCUGGCCGCCGGCUAUGAAGAACUACCAACAGCAGUCAACAUAACUUGGUCUUCAAUCAAUUUUAAAACUAUACUACAGUGGCAACCAAAACCAUCAGGCUACUUCUAUACUGUAGAAAUACAUGGACAGACAUCUGACGUGAAGAGAAAAUGCAUACUGACAUCAGAAACGGAGUGUGAUGUUACUGAUGUGCUCAGGAAUGUAAAGGAGACCUAUACAGCACACAUACUGUCUGUAAAGCCUGCGGAGAUGGAUAACUUUGAAGAGCCACCUUUUGCAGUCUCUGAAAAAUUUACACCUUAUAGCCAGACUGUUAUUGGAAAACCAGAGAUAAAGGAUUAUUCACAAAAAGGUUCCAAACUGAACGUUGUGUUCAAAGAUCCACUUACACCAUACAUAUUUCCUAAUGGAAGCUUUCUGAGUAUUCAAGACAUUUUCCAGCAUGACCUGGAAUACAAACUCUCUUACUGGAAAGAUCAAAGUUCUGGAAAGAAAGAUGCAACAACAAAAAGCCAUAAUUUUGAAGUAAGCAUUGACAGUGGAAAGAACUAUUGCUUCUAUGUCCAGGGAAUCAUUCCCUCUCGCAGAGAAAAUCGUAGUGGCCAAGAAAGCAUGGUGCUCUGUACCAGUGUAGGAAAAAAUAUCUUAGAUGAAUAUGGAACAGAAGUCUUUAUCAUCUUAGCAGUGAUAGCAGUAGCAGUCAUCACUCUUGCCAUUGUCCUUCCAGUGGUUCUGUGUAAACGCAAGAAAGCGAAGAAAGCAAGAGCUGUGAGAGAAAAGGAGCUGCUUAAUGGUGUCUAAGGAAAAAGUAUUGCAGACACUAGUGGCAGAGCCAAAGCAGAAAAAACCCCAACAACAAAACUGGGUAAUUGAGUGGAGCCUUAGGCUCUCUGAAACAGGAAUUCUGAAGCCCAAACUUUUAUGUGGAUUAAAAAAUCCACUAGACAGUACAGACGAAAAAUCCAGAUAUCAGGAAACCCUGUGUCAUUAGUGGCCAGAGGCUGGAAGAGCAUUGUGGUGAUCUGUUACAAUCAUAGAAUUAUAGAAUGGCUGAGUUGGAAGUGACCCAUCAGGAUCAUCGACUC